GGCUUAAACAAUUUUUGUUUUCAAUUGCCUUCAACAGUUACACAUUUACACUUAAUCAAAAUAAAUGUGCCCAAUCGUGGGAAAUUGGCAAAGAAAGAACAGUAAAUUGAAAACGAACGGAAGCCAUCAAGUCGCUCAAGAGCAAAGUUGCUAAAGGUCGUGGAACAAAGCAGGGAAGCAAGCCGCAGUAGCCCAAGCUUAUUUGGCUUACUGUGCUCAUUGCAAUUUUUUCAGAAGCCAGCGCUAUAUGGAACUGAUAAAGACCGGUCAGGAGAUCAACAUCAAGCGAACCAACGGAUGCAUACACCCGGCGACAGUUGUCUCACUUCAUCACGAGCAGCAGUGUGUCACCGUUGAGUGGUCCGAGCAAGAGCAGCUCAGAGGCAAGGAGAUUCCCUGGAGCGCAGUGCUGCAACAUAAUCCCAGCAUAGCCGACCAGCUGCAUUUGGACCAGGACAAGCUACAAGUUGUAGUACGCAUAGUGCCCACAAUAGCAGCAGCCACGGCGCCACCAACACCCAUCAACCUCAGCAUGUACAACAAGAAGCCGGGCAAUAGUCCGUACAACAGGCGCUUGCGGCCAGCCCUGGCCAAUGCCAAUGCCAAUUGCAAAUCCACUAACAGCAUUAAGCCUGCUUCACUCAUGAAGGCGUCAAACAAGGCGCUGGCCAACAAGAACUCGCCGCUGAAGCCCAAUCAGCUCAAGGCCCUGCCGAAAAGACAAGACUCCAAUACCAUGCCCUGCUCGAAUGUCGUGCACGUCGUGGAGCGUCUGAAGGAGCAGCGUGAGCGUCGACGCGCACUGCAGGCUGAACAGCGACGCGAGAAGAAUGUGCUGAUGAGCAAGGAUCCGGACAAUCCUAACUGGGAGGUGGCUCUAAUGGUGCGUGAAUAUCGCGAUCAGCUAGUGCUGCGUCCUUUGCGCAACAUCAGCCCACGUGGCGCUCGCACCCAGCAGAUCACGGUCUGUGUGCGCAAGCGUCCCAUGAGUCUGCGUGACCGCGAGGCGAAGAGCGUUGACAUUAUCUCGGUGCCCACACUCGAUUCGCUCAUAGUGCACGAGCUGCGCAACAAGGUGGACUUGACAAAGCUGCUGGAUCAUCAUCGCUUUCGUUUCGACUACACCUUUGACGAGGGCUGCAGCAAUAAAUUGGUCUACGAGUAUACGGCGCGUCCGCUCAUCCGUACCAUGUUCGAGGGCGGCAACGCUACUUGCUUUGCCUAUGGUCAGACAGGCAGCGGCAAGACCCAUACCAUGAGUGGCGAAUUCAGCGGCAAGUCCCAGGACUGCACCACUGGAAUUUAUGCUUUGGCUGCACGCGAUGUCUUCGAGAUGCACAAGAAGGAUGUUGCCCACAAGGGAGCCCAGAUCACUUGCAGCUACUUUGAGAUUUAUGGCAGUAAGGUAUUUGAUUUGCUGGUGCCUGGCAAGCCGCAGCUGCGCGUGCUGGAAGAUGGUCGCCAGCAGGUGGUCAUAGUGGGCCUGACACGUACGCCCGUCUCCAAGGUGGAUGAGAUAAUGCAGCUCAUCGAGCGUGGCAAUCGUGUGCGUACGUCGGGUCAGACCUCGGUGAACAUAAAGUCCUCCCGCUCGCAUGCAAUCUUCCAGAUUGGUUUGGUCAAGCCUGGCGAUUGGGAGCCUUGUGGAAAAUGUUCCUUUGUGGACUUGGCAGGCAAUGAGCGUGGUGCGGAUACGCAGUCGGCCAGUUUGCAAACACGUCGCGAGGGCGCCGAAAUAAACAAGUCCUUGCUGGCGCUCAAGGAGUGCAUACGCGCUAUGAGCCGCCAUUCUACGCAUUUACCCUUUCGUGGCUCGAAGCUGACGCAGGUGUUGCGUGAUUCGUUCAUUGGCGGUCAGCAGAACAAGACUUGCAUGAUAGCAAUGAUCUCGCCUGGCUUGGGCUCUGUGGAGAAUACGCUAAACACAUUGCGCUACGCUGAUCGCGUGAAGGCCUUGGUGGCCAAGGAGGAUGAGCUUACGCCCAUGCAGCAGCUAAAAAAAACUCCACGCUACAGUCCUGAGUACAACGGUACGGACAAUGAUUCUGUAUCGUCCUACAACGAAGCAGACAAGACUGUCGGCAAGGGAGAAAUGGAGGCGUGUGACAGCGUUUACAAUAUUGAUCUCAAAGAAGAUUCUCCCGAAAUGCAACUAAUGGAAAUAAUCGUGCAGCAAGAGGCGCUUUUCAAAUUCGUGGGGGAUUGCAAGCAAAACUUUGAUCAAAUUGUGAACAGCCUGCCGUUAGAACAGAACGAGAGUCUGCUCAAGUAUGUGCAGGAUGUGGAGCCAGCGUUCGAGGAAAUGAAGCAACUAGUCGAGCAGGCCCAAAGCCUAGUUGCCAACUUCAAUGCCCUGCAAUAUGCGCAAGGCGACAACAAGCAGCAGUAGGUUGCACACACGAACCGAUAGCCAAAGACAUUGCAAGCGAUAUUUUAUUUUUUACCAUCUCAUGUAUUAUUUCUUGUUUGAGAGUCAACAGCAAUAAAUGAAUUCGACAAGCGUCUCGUUCAAUAAAACUGUGGUC